UUUUUUUGCCAAAGAUUGGUCAGCGGUAGAGAAAGAAAUCAAAGUCACCAAACUUUUUUCUCAUAAUUGAGAGAGAGAGAGAGAGAGAGAGAGAAUGGCAACAGCUUCGUUGGGUUCGUCAACUCUUGUCCAGUCCCAGAUUAAGGGGUUUGGUGCGCUUCAAAAGCAAUCUCUCUCUCAUCCCAAUUCUAUCACCUUUACCAGGAGAAAGUUUCGAGCUAUAGUGAAGGCAUCUGCUCGUGUGGACAAAUUCUCAAAAAGUGACAUCAUUGUUUCUCCAUCAAUUCUCUCUGCAAAUUUUGCAAAGUUGGGAGAGCAGGUAAAAGCAGUGGAGCUGGCAGGUUGUGACUGGAUUCAUGUUGAUGUAAUGGAUGGUCGCUUUGUUCCAAAUAUAACAAUUGGGCCUCUUAUUGUUGAUGCAUUGCGCCCUGUAACAGACCUUCCAUUGGAUGUACAUUUGAUGAUUGUUGAACCAGACCAGCGAGUGCCUGAUUUUGUGAAGGCAGGAGCUGACAUAGUCAGUGUCCAUUGUGAGCAAUCUUCCACCAUCCAUCUGCAUCGCACAGUUAAUCAAAUAAAAAGUCUGGGAGCCAAAGCUGGAGUUGUCUUAAACCCAGCUACCCCACUAACUGCAAUAGAAUAUGUUCUUGAUGUGGUUGAUCUGGUCUUGAUCAUGUCGGUGAACCCUGGAUUUGGUGGGCAGAGCUUUAUUGAGAGCCAAGUUAAGAAAAUCUCAGAUUUAAGAAAAAUGUGUGCAGAGAAGGGGGUGAACCCAUGGGUCGAAGUAGAUGGUGGAGUUGGUCCCAAAAAUGCAUAUAAGGUUCGCCAUCUAGAAAGUCCUUUCCAUUAUAUGGAGAUCUGCCCCUAAGUAGUAUUAUCUGCCGGAAACUUUCUUUCUAUUGCCAAUAAUAGUUGUGAAGGAA